AGCAGCACGCGGGGUUCAACUCACAGGUGCUUCUGUCCGCUGCUUGUUUUUCAAAAAAAAAAAAUUCCUUCAUUUCGUAUACAAUUAAGAGCUCCGAGUGGAUCAGCGGGAAAGGAACUAUACCACAAAGACACCGGUUGGAUUAACGGGAUUUGGAGGAUGUGUGGUGUGGAUGUGGACCUGGAGGAUGGUUCAGUCGAGGAAGAGAAAGAAGAUGAGUUCUGGAUCGGGGAGGGAGUGAAGAUGCUGCCCCCUCCUGUGGCCCACAGCGGGGGCAGUGCAUGGGGCAGCCGCAGGGGCAGGGUGGGAUGCCUGGCCUGUGGGGCGGCCCUCGUCCUCUGGGACAUCUUUGUGGUUUCAGCCAGCGCUUUGCUCCUGGCUGUUGUCUUCUCUGUGGUGCUGCUUCCUGCAAUGCUGCUGCUGUACGCCGGGUUCCUCUGCCACUCCAGGGUCCUUGACGCCCCCACUGCGAUAUGCCGCUACCUUGAUGACAACAGCUGCUCCGCCCUCAUCAUCUUGGGUUUUGUGAUGAUGUCACCGCUCGUGGUCGUGGCGGCGGCCAUUUUCUGCGGGCUGGUCCGAAGGUUUCGAAUCCUGCUUCUCAUUCAGCCGAUCUCACGUGCCUGGUACCGAGGGCGACUGUUGGACUGGGCCGGCAGCCUCCACGCCUGGGUCUGAUCGAGGCGAGGCUCCGGAGGGUCGGAGGGUCGGAUAUGCUAACAGCCCGGGGAGAGCGGAAAGUUGGAUUAGAGUGAAAUCAACCAGAGAGAUACAGGGGGUAGACAAAAUAACAGAAACACCUCCAAAUGUAUUCAAUAUUGUGAAAUACAGGGAGAUGUAAACACAACUGGAUGCUAGUUUCACGCUUUGGUAAAAAAAACAGUUAUUCACGUUCUUGUAGAGAGGUACUUACAUUUCUUUUUGAGGGUGGUUAAUGGGGGGAAUGGUUUUAGACAGCAAUGGAUUUUUGGGGGGGUUUCAUUACCAGGAUUGGCUACUAGGACAAAUGGGCUGUGGACAGAGCCAUGCUAGCUGUUUUCCCCUGUUUCCAGUCUUUAUGCUAAGCUAGCUAACCUGCCCCUUACUUUAUCAUUUUACUUAACUGACAGGUGUGAGAGUUGUGUUGUCCUCAAGCUUUGUACUGUUGUUGUACUGAGUUGCAUAUUGAAAGGUGUCUUUGUUAUUUUGUCUACCCACUCUAUGUUUAUUUUGUGAAAAUAUGGUCGUGCUUAAGUUUAUUGUAGCAAUUUCAGCCUUUGCGGAGUGAUGUCUGUACUUAAACUUCACAAAACAAAACAUAUUCACAAGUAAUUUGAUACAAGAGGAACAAAAUGCAUCUUAGGACAGUUAAAAAUCACUUUUGUAAAAUGAAGGGGACAGGAAGGAUUCUCAUAAAUAUUGCAAUAUCACAAUGGCUUUGACCCAAAAAGGACUCAGAGGAAUUGUCAUAUAUCUGUUGACAAGGUAGCAGAAACAAAAACCGCUUUAUCAUUGUGGUAUUUGAUUAAACAUUAUUUAUUAAAAACAUAUUUUUGUGACUUUGUGUCGCUCUGUUUCAUGUUGGACUUUCUCAGAAAUGUAUUUCUGUGAAGUUAUGUGUGGUUGUACAUUAGAAGUCUAGCAGAAAGUCAAAACAUAAUUGCGCAAAUUAUAUUUGAGGUGUUUUGAGAUUAACUUGGUUUGGUUAGUUGGUUUUCAUUUCCGAGGACCUUCAAACACCCUGAACAUAGGGUAAAUAAAGACGUGAUUUGAAUAUUGUCUGUUAGGCAAAUAAAUAGCCAUUUAUGUUUGUUUAUCUGAUACAGCAGCAUCACUAGCAGUCAUGUCUUGGUGGGAGGGAGGGCCUAUAUAUGAAACAUAUUUCAUUUAAGUGUCUCUCUUAGAUCACAUUGUGCCAUAACAAAACAGACUCUCCAUUAUAAAAACAACAAACAUCGACAGUACGACAAAGAAAAAUGGCUGUUCAGUAGAGUCCAGGUGUUAAGGGAAAGAUUUGAAUCAUCAGAUAAGGAGCUCAUCCUGCUGCCUCUUUGCUUUGCUCUUUGUCCGCGUGUCCAUGCUCUGUAUUCGGAUUUGAAGUUUAGUUUUUUAGAAGAAGCUUUGAAUUGUUUUCAUGAUGAACAGUUGUUACUUGUUCUGUGCCACUGUUAUAACACUGACAUUUAUUUGUUUCCUAUUAAAAUAUAUUGAGUUGCAUGCUUUCGUUAAUCCUGUGUUGAUCCUCCAUUUAGUGGACAUUGUUUAUUUACAUUAAUUAAGCCCUUUUAACUUCAGGUAUUUGAAGUUGAUUGAAAAUAAACUUUUUUAUUUUUGCAAAGUUCGAUACUGGUUAAUCACCCCUAAAGAUAAUGUUUUUGGAAAAAUGACAGGGUUUAUUUUUUGUUUACUUUUUAAUUUCAGUGUAAACAGAAACACAUUGUCCUUUUCAGACCUUGCACCAAAAAAGGAUGGUGUUUAUUUUUACAUUGUGUCUUUUGUCUCCUGUUGUAAAGGUUUGUGGAUUUGAGUCCAGUGUGAUGACCCGACAUUCACCCUCUCCAAAAUACAUCCACAUAACACAUAAAAACACAACACAGGGCCACUAUGACCUCAAUAAAUAAAAAUAAAGCAUUGUGACAAAGUCUAUGACACAACAUAAAUGCUUCAACAAUUUACUUUUUGUCCCAUUUGUGCAAA